UAUAGAGGUAGCAUAAGAUGCAUAUAGCACACUCUGUUUGGCCAGCGAGAAUCUCAAAUGUCAGAUUUUGGCCACGGCGAACGUGGUGGUUGGAUCACCUUCCCCUACAUCACAGCGGGAGUGGUGGGAGUGACGGUGGCCGGGGGAGGAUGUCUGGCGAAUAUAAUAGUGUAUAUGAUAGAGGAGUUUCAGGUGAAGAGCAUCGACGCCGCCCAGAUUCUUAACGUUUUUGGUGGCAGCGCAUGCCUUGUCCCCGUCGCCGGCGCCGUCAUCGCCGAUUCCUUCUGGGGCUGUUUCUCUGUCAUCUGGGUUUCCUCCUCCAUCUCCCUGCUGGGUGCAGUCUUACUAACCCUAACUGCAACAAUCGAUUCCUUGAGGCCCCAACCAUUAACAUUAAUUAACGGAGCAUCAUCACCACCGAGCUCCGCCGCCGUUGGGAAUCCGGCGUCGAAGUUCCAACUUGCGAUACUAUACGCCGGCAUUAACCUGACCUCCAUAGGAGUGGGUGGGAUGCGGUUCACCAUAGCCACCAUGGGCGCCAACCAGUUCCAAAAGCCCAAAGACAGGGGCGUCUUCUUCAACUGGUACCUUGUCGUCCUCUACACCUCCGUCGUCUUCAGCAGCACCGUCGUCGUUUACAUCGAGGACAACCUCGGCUGGGCCUGGGGCUUCUCUCUCUGCAUCGCCGCCAACGCCCUCGGACUCGCCGUCUUCGUCAUCGGCAACCGCCGCUACCGCCACGUCAAGCCGCAGGGCAGCCCCUUCACCGGCCUCGCCCGCGUCCUCGUCGCCGCCUACCGCAAGCGGAAGCUCCCCGUCUCUUCUGAGGUCGAUGACUACUACCACGGCGCCGACGUGGUGGCGGCGACGCCUUCUAAGAGCUUCAAGUAUCUGAACCGCGCCGCCCUGAAAGACGACGGAGACAUUGAACCGGACGGCUCGAUUGCAAAACCGUGGAGGCUCUGUUCGGUCCAGCAAGUGGAGGACCUUAAGACCCUAAUCAGGAUCUUCCCGCUCUGGUCCACCGGCAUUUUCUUAAGCACGCCGCUCCGGUUCCUCAGCAGCUUAAUAAUCCUCCAAGCCCUAACGAUGGACCGCCGGGUGGGGCCCCACUUUAAAAUCCCGGCCGGGUCGAUGCUCGUCUUCGUGCUCGCCUCGACCGCUAUCUCGCUCACCGUCAUCGACCGGUUCGUCCUGCCGGUGUGGCAGAGGCUCGCCGGCCGGCCGCCCAAAGUCCUCCAGCGGAUCGGAGUCGGGCACGUGCUGAACGUGGUGGGCAUGGCUGUGGCGGCGAUGGUGGAGUCGGACCGCCUCCGGGUGGCUCGGCGGCGUCACCUACAGGAGCUGCCGGAGGGCACGGUGCCCAUGGUGGUGCUGUGGUUGGUGCUGCAGAUGGCGGCGGUGGGCAUCGGAGAAGCGUUCCACUACCCGGGGCAGGUGGCAUUCUACUACCAGGAGUUUCCGGCGGCGCUACGGAGCACGGCGACGGCGAUGGUCGCAAUGCACAUGGGGAUCGCGUAUUAUUUGAGCACCGCCGUGAUCGAUUUGAUCCGGCGGAUCACGCGGUGGUUGCCGAACGAUGACAUAAAUAAGGGGAGAUUGGAUAACGUGUACUGGAUGUUGACGGUGGCGGGGGUUUUGAACUUCGGGUAUUUUCUGGCGUGCGCGAGGCUGUACAAUUACCGGAAUGUCGAGACCGGCGAUGCCACUUCCGGCCAUAUUCAUAAUAAUAAUAAUAACCAUACAAACGGGAUAGGCCAUGAUCAUCAAGAGCAAGAAAAGCAAGAGUUAGAAUGCAAUUAACUAGCAUUUUGCAGGGACGUCCUCAUAUUUUUUUUUUUUCCUUUGAACCAGAAAUAUUGUUUUUGUAAACCCAUUUUCAGAAAUCUCAUUUACUCUAUAUCA